GGCAGCAGCAGCAGCAGCACGGGAGCAGCAACUAGACAGGAGCAGAGCGGAGGGGAGACACCGCACAGAUGAAGGCACCAUCGCGGAGAACUAUCACAUAUCCCUCCGUGUGAUUAUUCCUAAAUAUCAAACCACACACCGUUCCCUCCUUCCUCCCACCGGGGUCGUGCCGUCGCUGUGGGUCUUUUUCAGUCGGACGGCUUGCCUGUUUUUUUCAUCCGGGAGGCUGAAUGGAAGCAGCAGCCGAGGGAGCGGUCGGGCUGUCGGAGGCCGGGGACGGGAGCCCGUUAUCCGGAGCCGCAGCAUCCGAUGAUGCGGACACGGUCGUCGGAGUGAGCUACGGGAUGGACGCUGCAGACAUGGAUGCUGCUGCUAGGAAAGCCUUCAUCACAGAGAUGCCCUCGUCCUCAGGCCUGCCUGGUCAGGGAAAGAAGAUUGGCCACAGAGGGGUGGAUGCAUCGGGAGAAACUACUUACAAGAAGACCACAUCCUCUGCCUUGAAAGGUGCCAUCCAGCUGGGCAUCGGUUACACAGUGGGCAACCUGAGCUCCAAGCCUGAGAGAGAUGUGUUGAUGCAAGACUUCUACGUGGUGGAGAGCAUCUUUUUCCCCAGUGAAGGGAGCAACCUCACUCCAGCUCACCAUUUCCCGGACUUCCGAUUCAAAACGUACGCUCCUGUGGCCUUCCGCUACUUCAGAGAACUGUUUGGCAUCAGGCCGGAUGACUACCUGUACUCCCUAUGUAAUGAGCCUCUGAUUGAGCUGUCCAAUCCUGGAGCGAGUGGUUCAGUCUUCUAUCUUACGAAGGACGAUGAGUUCAUCAUCAAGACUGUGAUGCACAAGGAGGCUGAAUUCUUACAGAAACUGCUGCCUGGAUACUAUAUGAACUUGAAUCAGAACCCACGUACUUUGCUGCCCAAGUUUUUCGGCCUCUACUGUGUCCAGUCGGGCGGAAAGAACAUCCGCGUGGUGGUGAUGAACAACGUCCUACCCCGAGUAGUUCGCAUGCACCUCAAAUACGACCUGAAAGGCUCCACCUACAAGAGGCGAGCAUCCAAGAAGGAGAGGGAGAAGGCCAGGCCCACCUUCAAAGAUCUUGACUUCAUGCAAGACCUGCAGGACGGACUCAUGCUGGACCAGGACACUUACAACGCACUGGUCAAGACCCUGCAGAGGGAUUGCCUGGUGCUGGAAAGCUUUAAGAUCAUGGACUACAGCCUGCUGCUCGGGGUCCACAACAUGGACCAGGCAGAGAGGGAGAGGCAGAUGGAGGGCUCCCAAGGAGGCAGUGACGAGAAAAGGCCCGUGGCCCAGCAGAAGGCCCUGUACUCCACAGCCAUGGAGUCCAUCCAGGGAGGAGCCGCCUGCGGAGGGUCCAUUGACACCGAUGACACGAUGGGCGGUAUCCCAGCUGUCAAUGGAAAAGGAGAGAGACUUCUUCUCUACAUCGGCAUCAUAGACAUCUUGCAAUCCUACAGGCUAAUCAAGAAACUGGAGCACACGUGGAAGGCUCUGGUUCAUGACGGGGACACCGUGUCUGUCCACCGGCCCGGCUUCUACGCCGAUCGGUUCUUCAAGUUCAUGAGCAGCAUGGUUUUCAAGAAGAGUUCCUCUCUGAAGUCAUCUCCAUCGAAGAAGGGUCGCGUGUCGUUGUCUGUGCCUAAGUGUGCUGGUCCUGGUGCUGCCUGGUCAGCCAGCCAGCUGCUUUCCGAGAGAGACGAGAAUAUCUACGACCUGAGAGGAGCUCGCAGCUUCCCAACGCUGGAGGAUGAGGGGCGAGCAGAUCUUCCGUGUACUCCUCCUUCAUUUGAAGAGGCCACCACCGCGUCAAUCGCCACCACUCUCUCUUCCACCACCUCUCUGUCCAUCCCUGAGAGAUCUCCAUCUGACACGGCUGAACACCCUCGCUACAGGAGGCACACCCAGUCCCUCAGCCAUGAUGGGAGGACCCAGGAGGAGCUACGUGUGCGUGAGGAGGAUCAGCAGACCAUCACAGUGGAGGUGGAGCUGAAGAGACACGACAGUGAGCCCACCAUCUCUGUUCCACAGCCUUCAUCUGGAACCAGUGAGGUUCAGGAAGUAGUCAGUGCCGAGGCUCCUAAUGCUGCUGCAGAACCUUCCAGCUCUUUGUCGCCCCCUGAAGCCGCAUCCUCCUCCUCCUCACCUGCUCCUGCUGCUCCGUCUUCUCCCGGGGGAGUCGAGGAAGCUCCGUCUAGUCCAAAGGUGGUGGUGGAGGCAGACAGGGCCAGCCAAGUGUCCGGCUCAGGGUGCACCAGCCAGGCUUCAGUGGACGAUGAAGAUGACGUGCCAAUCACAGAUAUCUACUUUUAAAUCCUGUUCUCUAUCAGAGAGGAGUGAACGUCUCAGCGGAGAGGACUCACUGGUCUGACGCCUAGACCUCAGUGGUAGCAGCAGGAUCUCUGUACGGACCAGGAUUUUAAACAUGCAUACAGAAACUGAACACACUGAUGGGAAGAAGUGACUUGUGUACCAGAGGGGGUGAAAAUCCUGACAGUGAUAACAUCACUGAUUUCCAACCACCCCUGCCUUUCACCCUCAACAAAUAAAAAAAAAAGAUGAGUUUAAUAAUUAUGUGUAUGUGUGACAUAGUACAUAUAUGGCUGUGUAGUCUUAUACGUUUGACAUGAAAUACAGCGGUAACUCGUGUUCUGUUUCACACAAGCGCAGCCCUCUAACGCAGCUCUGCAGGCUCACCCACUCACUCUGACAGAGCAGCAUGUAGAGGCGUGAAGUGGAUGGAGCCGCUGGUUCCAGAAGUAUUUCUACAAAUGUGAAGUUUUUCUUAAAACGAUAUCCUCAAUGUUACUCAACAUAAAAAACACAGGAGUCUCCUGGAUACUGGAACAACCUUGUAGGUGUCCAAUUUCAAUUAUUUCAACUUGAGAAAUCAUGUUUUUGGUUUUAUUCAGGUUGAAAUGUCAGAUGGUUCUAACUACUUAGAAAAGCUGUAGCAAAUUCAGAGCAUUUCGUCAUUCUAGUUGUGAACAAAACUCGGCACCAUCGUUGCUGAAUUCAUCCAGAAUCUGAAAGUGAAUUCUUUCCAGCUGCAGAUUGUAACUUUAUAAUUGAAUGUUUCUUACAAAGAGUCUUUAACUUCUCAUUUUACAGUUUUAUGGUCACAGGCUUCAACUUUUUAUCAAAGAAACAUUUUCUAAUGCAGCUGUUCAUCUUUGGUACUGAUGCCUCAACCAGGAGAUUUUGAUGUCCAUCCAAGUCAUGUAAGUCACCUGACUGUUACCUUUCAUAACCAGGGGUACCUGAAGUCGCUCCCUCCACCACACAGCUCUACUGAAAUUUGCAUUUACUGCUUUGGCUAAUCAAACUGGGUUUCUGUACAGUACGGCCAUUGCACUCUUAACCUUGCAUUCACCUUUCUGACAGUGAUUGAAAGAGCAACACGAUAAAUGAGAUGAACUCCUUUUGAAGGUUGACAUGUUUCUGCCUGUGAUGUUCACCUUGGGGACCCCUCCCCACCCACCCUUAUGUAGAUUUCAGGGUGCGCAGUGAGGAGUGAGUGGGUAAGCCUGUGGAGUCGGGGGGCUCCGCUUGUGCUCAGAACUGGAGUUAUCAUAUCCGUUGUUUGGCCAAUCGAAACAGGACAUCUAGACGUAUGUCACCAUCAUAUUUCCAGUCGUGAAUAUAUGGAGUUUAAUUUAUAGAAGGAAAAAAAAAAGAAAAACACAUCAUUCCUUUAGUGGAUAUAUACAGUACGGGCAUCAGAUGUUUCUGAAUUCAUGGCAUAAUGAUUUAUAAUUUAUAUCUUCUUUUUUUUGCAGCAUUUUUUUAUUUCAUGACUUUUCUUUGCUGUUUUACUACUGUGAACUUUUUAUUUAUUUUGUCUUGUUUGUAUUUUCUUUUUAACGUCACUGUUACUGGUACUUUUUCACUCUUUUUUUUUUUUUUUUUGAAUCCAAAGAAAUGUUAUUUUCAUUUUGAUAUUUCACUGCAGCUUUUCAGUAGAUUUUGUUUUUACAUCAAGUGUUUGUAAAUACAGUGUUACCACAUUUUUUUGACUGCACCCCUUGUGGAAGCGGACGAGGCUUUCGACUCUCACCUUCGAAAACAGAAGGCAGCAAUGACAACACUAAGGCAGCAGACAUUGUCGGUCAUUAUAGAAAAUCUCCACAUCAUUUACAAUGUCUUCCAGUGUUGCCCUAUUUUUGGACAGACGCACACAAAUAAUUUUUUUUUUUCACGACAGAGUUUUCACAUUUGAUUCUGUUUUAGGUAGGAAAACUAAAUGAGCAUAUCAGUGACAUUUACUAAAUCUGGUCGCCCUCACUUCCUCACAGUAAGAAAUCCAUGGACUGGACAUUUCAGAUGUUUGUAGACGUAGAGCAUCAAUUGUAGUACUUGCAGUCAAUAUUGUACCUGUUAGCUGUAUAUUUGAAUGAACACAGUACGUUGCAGUGUUGACUCGGUGGAACAAAGCAGUUUGUAAGUGGGUUGAAUGUUUGCACUUAUCAAGAGGACCUGAAGAUGAACUAGUUAUUUUCAGUUGUUUUUUUUUUCUUUUUAGAUAGGAGUUUCUGCUCACACAGGCUGAUAUUUAGACACCGUUUGUUUUAGGGUUAUCAAGUGUGUGUUGGUGAAGUCAAUCACAGUCAUUGUAGGGUUAGUGUUUACUGUAGUCUCUGUGGCUGACAUCCUAGGACUCUCAACUAAGACUUAAAGUUCAACAAACUGACUUUCAUUUUUCUUAUCUUAACUUCAGAAAUCCUUUUCUUCGGCUGGUCGGUAUGUUUCUAUGUAUGUUUGUGCGUAAGGGAGGACUCAUCAAUGUCAGACAUUGUAAAAUACAAAUCAACUCAUUCCCAUGAUGUGCAGUGGCCAGUUGUAAUCAGUUUGCUGUUGUUCAACAGAUGGAGACCAUAGCAGCAAUAUUUUGUACAGUCUUAGCAUUUCAGUUCAUUUUAAUUGCCUUAUUGAGAAAUUUUAAAUGUAGGCCUAUUGUUUUGUUUUUUUUCACUCGUGCUGUUGUAUUUCUUUUUCUUUUUUCAUAGUUGUGCUCCUGCGAAUGUGUACAUAAAAUUAUAAAUACAUAUAUAAAGAUAUACAAAUAUAUUUUCCAUUUGAAUCGGAGAAUAUUAUUUUUAUUUGGUUUUAUUUUUGCUGCUGGGCAAGAAAUGAUUGCAAUCUACAUAAUUUACUGUAUCAUAUUCUUCAGUGUGUUUAUCAAGAUACAGCUGCUGUAUAUUUAUGGUCUAUAAACCACAGCUGUUUCUUUGUAAAAUUGGAAAGAUUUGUGGGUUUUACUGUACAUGCAAAUCAAUAGGGAUUCUUCCAACUGUUUCCGCUGUGUCGUGUAUGUGUUUUCAAAUCGCUGUGUGCCCUCAUCCAAUAGGGAGAGUCCUUUACAGAGACAUAGCAUGAUUUCAAAAUGAAUAUGCAUAUCACAAAUGUGUAUUUAUGUAUAUCUGUGUAUAUUCAUCUAUUUAUACGUGAGGAUAAAUAGAUGGCUGUAUGUGUGUGUGUUUGGACUCAAUCAGAAUGAAUACAAAAUAAAGCAGUUCUAUG